AUGGGGAAUGUUUCAGCCUUUAUAAACUAUCACACAGAAUUAACCUUUUCUACUGAUUUGAAUGAUUAAAUUCAUUUUUGCGAAUCAAUAUCUCAUCAAUCGUUAGGCAAAAUACAAAUUUGGAAAAUUAAAGAAAAUUCAUCAAUUAAACUAUUUUCUUUUGUAAAUCUAAUCAAUAAAUCUAGACUAGACAUGUUUAUUGUUUUGAUUCUACAUUAUUAAAUAUACAUUAAAAAAGAUGCUCUUUAUAGCAUUCUAAUUUACUUUAGUAUUAUGCAAGUACAUAAACAUAACCUACAUUUUGUGGAAGCUUAGAAAGUUAGAAUUUUUUCUUUGAAUAUAUUCCCUAAACUUUGUAAAAAGUUUUAGAUAAAAGAGAAUAGCCAUUCCCAGAAAUCGAAAUUUGGAAGGUAUAAAAUUUUAUUGUAUAAAAUUAAAGUAUUUAGAACAAAUGGUUGAUGUUUUAUCUUAUUUGGAAGAAAAUUAAUGUUUUCAUGGCAAUAUCAAUUUAGAAAAUAUUUUUGUUACAGAAGACAAUACAAUAAAAAUUUUAGAUUAGUUAAAUUAAUAAUUAACUGAUUAUUUAUUAAAAUCAGAUGUUUAUGAUUUAGCUGAAUCUAUCAUUGAGCUUAUGACAAAAAACAGUAUUUCAAAAUGAUUAACUUUUAGAAUUUCAUAAAGAAUUUAAAGAAACCUUGAAAUCCUUAACAGAUUAAUAUUCUAUAUAAUUAUUAUCUGUAUUAGCUAAAAUGUUAAAUAAAAAUCCAGAUAAAAGACCUAAUUUUAAAGAAUUAUCAGAAUCUAUUCAAAAUAGAGCAACAUAACCUAUUAUUCUGGAGAGCCAAAAAUCAGAAUCUCAUUCAUAAACAUUUUAGGUGCUUCAAAAUACUAAUUAAACCUAAAAAAUAAGAAAACAAUUUGUGACUUCAUCUCAAAACAAUAAUAAAAAUCAAUUAGAUAGGACAAUUAAUUAUUAUCCAUAAAAAAUGUAUUCUUAACUCAAAGUUCCUAUACCUUAAGUUUAGUUCAUCACAAAAAAAUAGAGUUACUCAAAUUAAGAAUUUGAAUAACUUAAUUUUAAUGAUUCUCAUUAACAAAGCAUAUAAGAAAAAAUAUCUAGUCCUAAUAAGAAAUGUAAUAUGAAUGGUUCUUAAGCUUCUACUAUAAUUAGUAAUUAAAUUUCCUUUUUGGAGACUUUAAAAGGAAAUGCAAAUGUAUCAGCAAAAUAAAUUAAUUGCUAAAAUAAAAUCAAUAUUAAAUAACAUAAUAGUUUAGUCCAAAAUAUUUUGAUUUAAGAUGACUUAAAUAAGACCAGUUCUACUUUUACUGACUAAGCGAAAUGA